UUGUAUAAACAUAACACCAUAUACUCUUUAAAUUGUUCAUGCAUUACUAAUUGUAAUUGACAAUGCAAACGCGAAAACUUUUUUUCUUUUCAUAUAAAAUAAAAUACUCCAUACAGCUGCGUAAAACCUAUUCUGUUAAAUAAAUACAAUUUGAAUACUUCUUUAAUGUCCUGUUUCAACACAGACAUACAUUAGACGUUUAGAACUCGAACUCAUUCAUUUUAAUUUCAAAAAGGAGUAUCCAGGGAUCCACGUGAAGUAUGACAGAUUGUCCAGAAGUGUAGUUUUGUUUAUGGUUUCUCGAGAUGCACAUCCAUGGAAAUAGUGUACCAAGGCAGCGUUUUUUUUUUUUUUUUUUUUUGCUAUUCCAUUGGAAAAUAAAGAUAAAUGUAACAUCCAUCACCGCGCAGCUCAAAAUGUUGUCCUUUUUGAAAAUUACCAAUAUGAUUUCCAAUCCACGAAAACCAGCAUGCCAUAAUCCGAACUGUAACAUUCGUCCAACUGUCUGAAAAUAACAGUUUGUUAAUGUUUAUAUCACAGCUGAAAGAUGGCGAAAUGGAAGAGUAGAAAUUGUGUUUUCUGCAUUUCGUUGCCUCAGCCCACGUGUUAGUUAAUUAGUGCCCUUUUAAGUGGCUCCCCAUUGGAUCCUUUUAGCCAAGGUUGCAAAAUAAGGAACAAUGCCGUUUAGUAAAAAGUUGCAGACACCUACAUUUUUGCCUUGUGCCUUCCUCCCACACCGUUGGUGAUGCUCUCUAUUCAAGCACCUAGAAGAAAUGCAUCUUUUUAAAGUUGCCUGUUUACAGCUGCCUGUGUAUGGUGGAAGUCAUAAAUCUUACGUAGCCAUAAACGACGGGGGUAGUGUCCUGAAUAAUAAAAAUAGAGAGGGAGAGUAAGAGAGAGAGGGAGACGUGGUGUUUGGCUUAAGGAGAGGAGUAGCAAUAUCUCUUGAACACCUUCGUGGUGUUUUUUCUUCUUUUUUCUUUUUCUUUCUUUUCCAUUUUGCUCCCGCGCAGGCUUUCUUCCUCGUUUCCUUUUCGCGUUUUUCCAUUCUGUCCUCCACCCUUAAAGGAUAUGUUGAUAUUUUUUGUCCUUUUAGUAGCCUACAGUAAAAACAGAAGAAACUCUCUCGUCUAUUUUCUUUAACGUGCACGCGCCAUCCAUGAUACUCGCAGAACUUGUGUGACCAGGACUCGACAGAGCUUCUUAAUAUUUUUUAAAAAAAUCUUUCUUUUUUUUCUUUUUGGUGAUUUGUUUUCACACCCGUCCCUCGGGUCUCAAGUCCGCCUGUUGUCUGCUCUCUUGUUCUUAAACCCCCCACCUCAUUUGGUUUUAUAUUUUGCGCAUAAGUUAUUAUACUAGUUGGGUGUGUUGGCAGGGAUGUGAUGAAAUAUUAACAAUACAGAUAUAAUGUUGUUUCUGCCUCAAGCUAGAGGCAAGCCUGCGUUGAAAACGUACUUCCUGGUAAUUUAAUAUACACCGGUAGAGUAAGAGAGGGAGAGAGAAAUGGGUUUUCUUUGCUAUAGUUGCCUAUUAAACAAUGUUACUAGAGAGUUGAAUCACACAAGUGAAAGAGACUCGGAAAAAAUAACUCUUCAGCUUCCGUUAUAGACCCUUAUCUUGUCCCAAGCGCCUGCAAUUAGCAUAAGUUUUCACUGGUGACGCUGUUUGAUGGGGAUUAACGCUUGCGCCUCUCACAUCCAGCCUGCUCCGUUAUUUCCAAUAGCUGGGAAGGCCUGGUGUUGACUAUAUACAAUAACCUAGCAAAGACAAGCAAAUAAUACCAGCAGACCCCGGGCCCCGACAUGAGACGGGGAGAUGUCACGGCGAACCGGGAGCCCACCUCGGAUUAUGAUGUUCAAUUUUGCGCCGUGAGGAAAAGGCGAGGGGAGAUUGAAGGCGAAAUCUGAGGCCAUUGUUAUCUGCGAGCAGGGCGUACCAGUCGACAGGGCGGCCAGGAGCAGCGCUGCCUGUCCAUUUGCAGCCCCCCUCGCAUACCUCAGAUCUUUCAUGCUAGACCGUCUCCCCCUUUCGCGAGCCGAGGGGAAUCGUCCAGCAGCGCCCGCACUCUGGCGCGGGGCAGCCGUGCUCGAGAUACCCGGCGUUUGACGCGCGCUGUCUGGCUGGAAUAUCGAAACUGUUAUGAGCUUUGGGCUUUUUUAUUGAUUGCAGCGAGGCCGAAUGUGGAAAAUAUGAUGCCUACCCGAGCGUCUCUCGUCAGAGGCUAAGGUCAGCUUCCAAGAGGCCAUUGGAAAGAGACCGUCACGUGACAUCUAGUGCCAAUGUUCUUCCAGAAGGUCUUCAGGACCCUGGUAGCCGGUAACUCGAUUUUUGGAAAUGCAGAAAACGACCUACUACGACAACUCGACACUUUUCGGAGGAUACUCGUACCAGGGGGCAAACGGUUUUGGUUAUGAUGCCCCAGCACCCGCCUUCCAGAACUCAGCGCAUCUUGAGGGUGACUACCAAAGGUCUGCAUGCUCCCUACAGUCGCUCGGCACCAGCGCACCCCCACAGCCUCAGCAUGCCAAGACGAAAGAGCUUAAUGGCAGCUGCAUGCGGCCCAGUCUGCCACCUGAACAUCACCCACCCCCCCAGGUUUCCCCUCCUCAGAACGCUGUAAACGUUGCUGCCUCAAAUGCCACCCAGCAGCCAGGCGGCAGCAGCGGUGGUGGUGCCGGCAGUGGGGGCACAGCCAAAUCAUCAUCCAAGUCGUCCUCUCUGGCCCCAAACCCAGCUCUUACGAAGCAAAUCUUUCCUUGGAUGAAGGAGUCACGUCAGAACACCAAGCAAAAAAACAGCUCCCCUAGUGCAAGCUCAGCUAACGCGGAGAGCAGCGGUGGUGAGAAAAGCCCUCCGGGUUCUGCAGCUUCCAAGAGAGCACGCACUGCUUACACCAGCGCUCAGCUGGUGGAGCUCGAGAAGGAGUUUCACUUCAACCGAUACCUGUGCCGGCCGAGGCGCGUGGAGAUGGCCAACCUGCUCAACCUUAGCGAGCGGCAGAUCAAGAUUUGGUUCCAGAACAGGCGGAUGAAGUACAAGAAGGAUCAAAAGGCGAAAGGCAUCGGCUCGUCCUCAGGGGGGCCGUCCCCCACAGGAAGCCCACCUCUCCCAAUGCAGUCCUCAGCUGGUUUCAUGAACUCUAUGCACUCAAUGGGCAGUUAUGAUGCUCCCUCCCCACCAUCUUUUAACAAGCCGCAUCAAAAUGCAUACGCCAUGUCAACAGCCUAUCAGAACCCAAUGAAAGGUUGCCCCCCCCAACAGAAGUAUGGAAACACUGCACCGGAUUAUGACCCACAUGGGCUACAGGGUAACAGUGGCACCUAUGGGACACCAAACAUGCAGGGUAGCCCUGUGUAUGUGGGAGGUAGCUAUGUUGAUGCCAUGCCUGCCACUGGGCCUUCUAUAUACGGCCUCAAUCACCUACCACACCACCAGUCGGCAAGCAUGGACUACAACGGUGCCACGCAGAUGCCAGCAAACCAGCACCAUGGACCGUGUGACCCACAUCCGACAUAUACGGAUCUGUCUGCGCACCAUCCUUCUCAGGGUAGAAUCCAAGAAGCACCCAAGUUGACUCAUCUGUAGCAGGUUUGGACAAAAAAAAAAUGAAAACGAAGAAAAAAAAAAGUCAAGGAAGACAAGACGAAACAGACUAACCCAUGGGGCGAUGCAAUGGGGUUGAAAAAGAUGAUCCAGUGGUUUCUUGCCAUGACUAGAGCACCGGUUUGUGUCAAUGUUGUCCUUCCAUUCAUAUGUGAACAUACCUGAAUUUAGUAUCCAUAGGUCUAAAUACCCCUUUAAAAUGGCACACUUCAUGAACAGUGGCUAGUUUAUGCCAAGGAAUAGACUGUCUAGCUGUAUGACCUCAUUACAUCAUCCUAAAUGUUUGUGUACUCCUUCAGCAUUAUCGCUGCAUUCCUCACACUUCGGAGGGCGGUACGAUAUAGCUUACUUUCAAACUUACUGGUGCAAGAAAACCACUGGAUUGUUUUCGUCCACCACCCUUAUUUCACAUACCUCUUUUUUUAAAACGUCUCAAAGAAAACCAGUCGAUUUUUUUAUUAACUUGUUCCCAAAACAGCAACAGACUGGCACCUCGUCUUUAGCAAGACACGGUGAUCAAAUUAUUCAUCAUCUCUUUUAAGACCGUUUUACACUAUGCUACCUAUCACUAUUAAUGAGAAGUCAGUCGAGUUUUGUUAUGGCUUUGACACAGGGUAAAAAAGAAGAGUUGAGAAUACUAGUAAAUUAAAGUUAAUUCCCUCCUUCUCAACUCGCUGCACCCUCCCUCCCUUUCCCUUUCCCUCUCCCUUACACUCCUUCCCAAGUUCUUUAUCUUUCCCAAUCUUUGGGUUCGCCUACAUUAGUCCAAACUAAUAUGAAAGGCCCAUAUUUUCUCAUGUCUUGACUUAACGUGGAAACAGGGUAUAUUUGAACAAAAAAAUGCAUGUCCGGGAAACCAAGCUAGCGCGCAGACGUCUUUGUUUACGCCUAAUGCGCUCUCGUCUGGGCAUCAUUGUUGCACUUAGAGUUUACAUUUAAUGGCUGAGGAAGAAAAGUAAAUCUUAUUUUGAAUCGAAAGACCUUCAAUCAGCGUCUUUCGCUAAGUGUGUUCAAGUGAACAUUCAUAAAUAUAUAUUUAUUUGUUAUAGCCAGUUUAAAUACUUUCUUUUUUGUAUUAUUUAUCCCCAUGUAUUUAUAUCGAUAAAAUGUACUUUUUUAGUAUCUACCUGUUAUAAAAAGACGCUGUGUUCUUGUCAUUGUAACAAAUUAAUUUUUAGUUCUUGUAUUUUAGAGAUAUGUAGGUUUAUGUUACCCUUGUAUAAAUAAUGUCUUGACUUGUACAGGGGGCGCAAGAACGGAAUCAAACCGUUCCCGCAUAGUCGAGAUUUAGACGAAAUACUAGCGAAACAUUUUGAGAACUUCAUUUGUCCUUUGUAACUACUUUUAUUUCCUUGUUAAGAGUUGGUUGUUGAACAAUUCUUUAAUAAAAUGUUAUGUUAUUCA